AAGGCAGUGCAAUAAGAAUGUGCUCAUGUGGGGAGAGAAAGGGGUCCCGGCUUUGGCUCCGGAGCUGCAUGUGCUUAGGCAAGUCCUCAGUUUCCUCUACUUUAACAUUUAAAUACCUUCUGGCACUUAGCAUCGUGCAACGUCAUGAUUACAUGAAGUGUUCUUGCUGGGCCAUGGGCUGUCUACUCAGCUGGGGCAGGAAUCACUCAUCCAGAGCCAUGCCUUGUGGCACAGUAAAGCCUGCGGGUGCCACUGAGACUGCUUCUGCUGAGAUUAGACAAGGUGGUUUGGCACCAAGUCUGUGACCAGUGCCUAUUUUAGCAACAUGGCUAGUAAAUAUUGACUCUGUGGCAUGAAAAUGGAAAGCAGAGAUGACUAUGUCAACUCACUCAGAGGAUAGAAGUUCAUCAACCUCUGAUAAGACAUAGUUAUGCAAUGCGUAGGUGUGUCACUAAUAAAUAAGUUGUUUGGGGGCAGGGAGAAUGGAAAACAAGACAAGAAAGCAUUCCAAGGGCAAUUAACAGCUGCUUUCCUGUCUGCACUGUCUGGCUGGCUUAUUCAAUUGUUCGCUUUAAAAUGAAAGGAUAGUUACAUACACACAGGCAUAUAGAAAAAAAGGGUAGAAAGAAAUACACCAAAGCAUUCACCGUGGCAUUCCUUAGAGACAGUGAAAUUGCCACAGAUUUGUCCUUUUAUAUACUUUUUCUAUUUUCCACAUUGUUUACAAUGAGCACAUAUUACUUUUAUAAUCUGAAAAGAACAAUGUAUUAGACAUAAAAUAAUUUUUUUCUGAAGAGUCUGAAGGAACUUUCAUAAUCAUGCAAGUACCUCAGACCUUUGUGUUUUGCCUACUGGACACUGGUUGGUACCAUAGUUAUCAAAAGAGGCAAGUUCAUGUAAGAGAGGCCACUCCUCUGAAUAAAUCCUGAUUUAAGUGUGUUUACUUACUGAUUUAUAUCCAUAAAAGCAGAUGUGGUGGGAAAAUAUUGCAAUCAUAAGAUUUCAGAAUUUUUUUUCUGUGUAAACAGACACUUAACUGCUUUGAGUACAUUCUGUACUCCACAGCAGCUAACCCCGCUUGGCCCACAACCGGGCAUGUCUGAGACAGGGCACUCGGGUAAGUGGUUGCAUGUGACCUGAAGGUGGGGGGCACCAGUUCUGGAAAACUGACUAGACCUCAGGAUUUGGAGUGUUGACAUGGGGAUGGGGGUAAGAAUGGCAUUAUAAUAAUAAUUACCACUGAUUAAGCACCAACCAAGCACCAGGCACUGUCCACAUAUUGUUAUAAUCUUACAAAACAUUAUUGGAUAGGCAUUAGCCACCUUUUAGGGAUGAGGAAACUAAGGCCAGGAGAAGAAGCCACUUCUCUAAAUCCUCAGAGGCAGUCAGCAGCAGACCCUGGACUCAAGCCUCACCUCAAAGCAUUUGAUCUUUUGACCAUGCUAGGGUGCCUCUCAAAGAGUUUUGCAACAGAGAACAGAAACUGCUCAAGGAAGCCUGAGCUAACAAAUAAGGUGCCUGCAUCUCCAUCCAGGACUGAGGAUCUUUGGAGUAAGAGGCAGCCCCAGGUGUAAAAGGUGGAUGAGCAGCUGCAGUGGUCAGUUCGCCAUCGUGAAGAAGUGCCGGGAGAAGAGCACGGGUCUUGAGUAUGCAGCUAAGUUCAUCAAGAAGCGGCAGAGCCGGGCGAGCCGGCGUGGUGUGAGCCGGGAGGAGAUCGAGCGGGAGGUGAGCAUCCUGCGGCAGGUGCUGCACCGCAACGUCAUCACUCUGCACGACGUCUACGAGAACCGCACCGACGUGGUGCUCAUCCUUGAGCUAGUGUCUGGAGGAGAGCUCUUCGAUUUCCUGGCCCAGAAGGAGUCACUGAGUGAGGAGGAGGCCACCAGCUUCAUUAAGCAGAUCCUGGAUGGGGUGAACUACCUUCAUACAAAGAAAAUUGCUCACUUUGAUCUCAAGCCAGAAAACAUUAUGUUGUUAGACAAAAAUAUUCCCAUUCCACACAUCAAGCUGAUUGACUUUGGUCUGGCUCACGAAAUAGAAGAUGGAGUUGAAUUUAAGAACAUUUUUGGGACGCCAGAAUUUGUGGCUCCAGAAAUUGUGAACUACGAGCCCCUGGGUCUGGAGGCUGACAUGUGGAGCAUAGGCGUCAUCACCUACAUCCUCCUAAGUGGAGCGUCCCCUUUCCUGGGAGACACAAAGCAGGAAACACUGGCAAAUAUCACAGCAGUCAGUUACGACUUUGAUGAGGAAUUCUUCAGCCAGACGAGCGAGCUGGCCAAGGACUUCAUUCGGAAGCUUCUGGUUAAAGAGACCCGGAAACGGCUCACAAUCCAAGAGGCUCUCAGACACCCCUGGAUCACGUCAAAAGGAGAAGUCAAAGCCCCUGAACAGCACAAGACAGAGCCCACCCAGCUAAAGACCAAGCGCCUGAGAGAGUACACUCUCAAAUGCCACUCAAGCAUGCCUCCCAACAACACCUAUGUCAACUUUGAGCGUUUUGCCUGUGUGGUGGAAGACGUGGCUCGGGUGGACCUGGGAUGCCGUGCCCUGGUGGAGGCCCAUGAUACCGUCCAGGAUGAUGUGGAGGCCCUGGUCUCCAUCUUCAAUGAGAAGGAAGCUUGGUACCGAGAGGAGAGUGAGAGCGCCCGGCACAACCUGUCCCAGCUCAGGUAUGAGUUCCGCAAGGUAGAGUCAUUGAAGAAGCUGCUGCGAGAAGACAUCCAGGCCACGGGGUCCAACCUUGGAAGCGUGGCUAGGAAACUGGACCAGGUGAAGGCCCAGUUUGAGGCUCUGAGGCAGGAGCUCUCCACAGACCUGCAGUGGAUCCAGGAGCUGGUGGGCAGCUUCCAGCUGGAGAGUGGGAGCUCCAAGGGCCUGGGCUCCACAUUACGCCAGGACACCAGUGAAUCCCUAUCAGAGCUGCUCAGCAGAUCAUGCACCGAGGAAAUUCUGGCUGGCUGGAAGCUCUGAGCGCCAGAGUCCAGUCAGUAAUGCAUCCCAAGAGGUUUGCGGAAGCAUGUUCUCAUCUACCCUGCUGCAGCAUCUAGCUAGAAUUACCCUGCAGGGGUUUGUCUGUAGUAUAGCCUUCCAUCCCCUCCACAGAAUCCAGAAUCACUGAGGUGCCAGUUCGUUAUUCAUUCUGCACUUCCCCUUACCACUCUGGUUUUCUGGGAGGGUGCUGGCAGGGCAGCCAAGCUGUUAAAACAAUUAGAGAGUGAGUACCCUUCAGGUUCCCCUUCUUCAGAGGAAGGAUGGCUGGCCCUAGGGAAAUGCUUGAGAAUUGAUUUGUGAUGAAGGAUUUGUUCACAUCUCACUUUCUGCCUACAUACCUUAUGGCUUGUAGAUCUUGGGUAAUAUUUGAUUUAACUGCAAAUAACUAAGUCAGCAUGGUGCUCUCCUGCUACAGAAGCAGGGAUUUAAAAUGCAUACAGAAAAUAAUAUUACCUUCCAUUUGCAUUGAUUUUUCACUUACUGAGCACAUUAUGUCUGACAGAUGACCUUACUUGAUCCUUAAAAGAACUCAGUGAGGCCAGGCAUGGUGGCUCAAGCCUGUAAUCCCAGCACUUUGGGAGGCCAAGGUGGGCGGAUCACUUGAGGUCAGUGGUUC